AUGACAGUCACUCUCCGGCAUGAGAGGAAACUCCUAGAGGUUGUAGUGCGGGAGAAGAGCUGCUUCUUGCUGCAGCCUAGCCCAAAGGAAGGCUGGGCUGGUGGCUCCUGCAGGAUCCUGAGCGGUGUGCCGGGGGAUGGGGGUGUCUGCCCGUGGCCCAGGUUCUCAGAGCCAGACCCCAGCCACACCCUGGAGGAGCGAGUGGUGCACUGGUACUUCAGCCAGCUGGACAGCAACAGCAGCGACGACAUUAACAAGAGGGAAAUGAAGCCCUUCAAGCGCUACGUGAAGAAGAAAGCCAAGCCCAAGAAAUGCGCCCGGCGUUUCACCGACUACUGUGACCUGAACAAGGACAAGGUCAUCUCACUUCCCGAGCUGAAGGGCUGCCUGGGUGUUAGCAAAGAAGUAGGACGCCUCAUCUAAGGAGCAGAAAACCAAAGGGCAGGUGGAGAGACCCGGGAGGCAGGAUGGAUCACCAGACACCUGACCUUGGACGCUGCCCACAGCCCAGCCACAUCCCAUGUAACAUGAGUGGUGCCCACCGUGUUUGCACUUUUAAUAACUCUUACUUGUGUGUUUUCUUUUUGGUUUCAUUUUUAAACACCAAUAUCUAAUACCGUGGUGGGAAAAGGAAAGGGAAGAAAGACUGUUCAUUCUCUUUUAUUGUUAAGGUUUUGGAUCUGCUACUGACAACUUUUAGGGUUCUGAGGGGGUGAGGGUCUUGUUGGGACUGAGAAGAAAGAGAUUUAUAUACUGUAUAUAAAUAUAUAUGUAAAUUGUAUAGUUCUUUUGUACAGCCAUUGGCACUGCUGUCUGUUUAUUCCCCUCCCUUUUCCUGCUCUGGGUUGUGAGGGCUCUGGACACACGGCCCAGCUCUCUGGAACCCCGAACUCCAUCCCCAGCCCGCUUGGAUUCUGUUUGGAGACCGACCCCUGGGGUUAUAGUGCAGACUCCAUUAGUUCUUUUCUAGUGGGAGGAGGGCACUGCCUCUUGCUGUGGCUGUCAGAGCUGGCAAGUCACUUGGCGGUUGACCUUCUCAAGGGAGGCUGGGUGUGGGACAAUGGGAGGGGCCCCUGGAGGGAGGGCUCCCGUGCCCAUGUGUUCCUGCCAUCCGGACCCCCAGGUGGCCCUGACCCCGUGGGUGCACAGUGUCCUGGUGGCCCACGGAGCAAAUUGUCCUCCAAGGAUUUGCGUUAGGGUCAGUUGAAACAUUUCCACCCAUGUUUAGCAUCUACUCCAUGUAAAGCAUGAGAAGGGAGGCAACGAAGGAAAAGACACACAGAGGGGCCUUUUAUUUAGUAGCUGUUUAGUAUCUGGGCAGCGGAGGGAAGAGGACAGAAGGCCUGCCCCGGUGAGUGCAGUACCCGCAGGAGGCUUCUCGCCUCCUACAAACCCACGAAUGAGGCUUCCCGAGACAGCUCCCAGGGCCAAGGUCAGACUAGGCUUUUACUUCCACUCUCCUCUAUCUCCUCUGCCAUCCUUUGGUCAUCGUAAGCCUGAGGGAAGAGUUGUGUCCGUCACCUUGUUGGAAACUCAGCCUUUUUUUUAAAAAAAAAACUCAGUACUGAGGUUCUUCCUGUUCCCUUAAAUGCUCUUAAAGGCUUCCAGGCUUGAGGCCAAUUCCAGAGCAAAGCUCACCUUGGGCCUCCCACUUCUGCCUCGCCUAGAAGUGCAGAGAUAAUAACCCAGCUAUGGGGAAAUCCAGGCCUAGCUUUCCACAGACGUUUUACUGUGAUUCCAACGUGGAAUCCAAUGUGCUGGGCAGCCUUCGGGUCAGAUGCCAGCUUCUUCUGCCCGGGUGACCAUGCCUAUCUGACAGUCAUCCAAGAGCAACAAGUGGCACUUAGCACCCCUUCCAUGAGCAGGCGUGGCAGCACUGAGGGAGGGUGGGUAGUAGCCCAGGACUGGUGCCCCUAUGGAUUGCUUUUGGAAAUCUGGCCACAUCUCGUGCAUCUCAUACCCCAUCCCGGUAUCCCAUCCUCUGACUGGAGAAGGUUCUUGCUGUCAGGGUGAAAGUCCCAGAGGUUGUGUUAGGGUGACUGGAGGCCCCAUCCCUACAUGGUAAGGUGGAAGGGGAGCCCUAGCCCAUGAGUUUGGACCAGAAAGCUCAGCGUGCUGGAGCUGGAUGGACUUUCCAGGAGACCCCAGUCCCCUACUCUGGCCAGGAGGAAGUACCUCCUUGUAGAAAGUCAGACUCUCCCCCGGGCAUCUUCUCUCUCACACAUAUGUGGAGGCUGUGUUGUGUGGUUUUCCUUUGUGAGGAGGGAGGGAGACUAUUUGUAGCUUGUUUUAUAAAAAAUAAAAAUGAGUCAAUCUUGGUGGCUGCUGCCUCUUUCUUUGGGUGGCUUCCUCUGCUGGAAAGGUUUCAUUUCCUUAAAAGGUUAGUUGUUUUCUGUGGCCCAGGUGCCCUCCACUCUGAUCUUGGGAAGUCUGAGGUGCUAGAUGGGAAAGGAACCCAGAAGUGGCCGUAAGGUGGCGCCACACUUUGCGGUUAGGACAUCGACCCCCUGGGCCCUCACCUACAGUGUUGGUGCCCUCUUUGUAAUUCUCCCUCUUGCUGCACCCAUACAGCUGCCCUCACGAGGAAGGUAGGGGAUGUUGGUGGUGGUGCUUUUGGGGCAGGGCUGGGGGUAGCCCAUUCUGUGGGCUUCAGGCUGGUGGGAGUGAACAUUGUGGCCACCACCCUUAUCACAAGACCCCAGGCUGGAAAGCAGUCCCCCAAUGAGGUUCACACCGUCUGUGCCCCACUUUUGUGGGACACAUGUUCAGGUCACCUAUUCAGGUCAAGGCUGCUGGCCUGCUUGGCAUUGCUGGAGGCCUUCAGUGUGGACAUUGGAGCAGAGACGAGGCUCUAGAUUGUGUCUGGUGCUACAGGGCGUCUUUUCCCUUUGUAUCCCCCCGCUGCCCACACGCAGCUGUCCCCGGAUGUGGCUUCCUCACCAGUCUCUUUUUGUCACCUCUGUUCCCUUGUCCUUUGCAGGUGAACAGAAGAUAAUGCCCUUGAGAAAUUCUCCCCUAGCCUUUCCUUCAGCUUUUUCCCGGGAAAGGAUCUCAGCCUUUGAAUGGGGUCAUAUAGGUCCCCCUUCUCUAGUGCUGAUACUGAGCUGCUCUGUCCACAGGCCCUGAAAUACUUAAUACUCACCCCAGCCCAGUGCUACUGGCGUCAUCAAUCCCAUUUCACAGCUGUGGACGCAGACUUGGGAGCUCGGUGACUUGCUGGGUUACACCCAGCUGGGAAAGGCAGAGCUGGGUGUCAC